AUGACAUCCCCGCGCACACGGAUAAAAUACAUGACGGAUGGAAUGCUGCUCCGAGAAGCGCUGGUGGAUCCUUUGCUAUCCAGGUAUUCUGUUGUCAUGAUCGACGAGGCGCAUGAGCGCAGCUUAAGCACAGAUAUAUUGCUUGGGAUAUUAAAAAAAAUUAGGAGGAAGCGAGAAGAGCUAAGGAUUGUGAUUAGUUCCGCUACUCUCCAGGCGGAGGAAUUUGUCAGAUUUUUCGAGGGCGACGAGACGCCCGACAAGGGCAAGGGCAAAGGGAAAGAGGUAGACAAGAAGGAAUUGGCAAAAAUCAUCUCGCUGGAGGGAAGAUGCUAUCCGGUGGAUGUACUCUAUUUAGAGGAGCCUACGGAAAAUUACGUAGAAAAGGCUGUGCAAACAGUUUUUGAUAUACAUCUCAAGGAAGGCGAGGGCGACAUCCUACUCUUUCUCACAGGCCGGGAUGAGAUCGAAAAUACUGUUUCUGCGAUCCAUUCGCGUUCCCAAGAUCUCCACCCCCGGGCCCCACAGCUCUUACCCCUGCCCUUAUAUGCAGGUCUACCGCAGGACGCCCAACUUGCCGUUUUUGAGCCUGCACCUGAAAACCACCGUAAGGUGAUAGUAUCUACCAACAUUGCGGAAGCAUCAGUCACAAUCGAAAAAAUUUGCUUUGUUAUUGAUUGCGGGUUUGUCAAGCUGCGAGCUUUUAACCCGCAUACGGGGAUCGAGUCAUUAACUGCAGUUCCGAUCUCAAAGGCCUCUGCUACACAGCGGGCGGGAAGAGCAGGAAGGACAAGGGCGGGAAAGUGUUUUAGAUUAUACACUGAGAGUGCGUUUCAAGAGGAGAUGGCUGAUAUGGGCGUACCAGAGAUCCAGAGGAGCAAUCUAGCCCCAGUAAUUUUGCAGCUAAAGGCACUUGGGAUUGAUAACGUUGCUCGUUUUGCUUUUAUCACGCCACCACCGAGUGAGUUAAUGGUGAGGGGCUUGGAGCUGUUGUACAGUCUUGGGGCCUUGGAUGAAUAUGCAAGACUUACGAAACCACUGGGUCUGAGGAUGGCAGAAAUGCCGUUGGAGCCCAUGACAGCAAAGAUUCUACUCAAUUCUGUGGAAUUUGGGUGCACUGAGCAGAUUCUUAGUAUUGCUGCAAUGACGAGCGUUCAAAACGUCUUUAUCAGCCAUGAAGGCGAAAAGAAGCCCGCUGAAUCGGCCAAGCGACGCUUUGCGGUUGAAGAGGGAGAUCACCUGACUUUACUGAACGUCUACCAAGCAUUUACAACUAAAGGUGGCCAGAAAUCAUCGUGGUGCAGAGAUCAUUACCUGAAUUUCAAGUCACUAUCUAGGGCCGUAUCGGUACGCGCACAGCUGAAAAAAUACUUGGAAAGAUUCACUGUGGACGUGGAGAGGGAAAAAUCCCGGUCACAAACGGCUACUGGUGAAAGUAUCAGGAGAUGUCUCACUACAGGUUAUUUCGCCCACGCCGCUAGAAUGCAGCCAGAUGGGAGCUUUAGAAAUAUCAGUGGUGAUACGGUGCUCUGGGCGCAUCCUAGUAGCGUCAUGUUUAAUCGGAAGGCAGAUUGGGUGAUAUUCCAUGAAGUUGUGGAAACUGGAAAUAAGACUUUUAUCAGAGAUGUUACGUCUGUACAAAAAGACUGGUUGCUGGAGUAUGCGCCAGAGUUUUACCAAGUGCGCAAGUAG